CUUCGAAUCUAAUUGGAACUAGAAAUAACCUUGCAUGUCAAUAGUUACAUGUCAAUGAACUUAUUGCACUGCACUUCUUACUAGUGCACAUACCCACAAGCAACAAUAAAAUUAUGCAAGUGGUAAGCUCAAAAAAGCAUCACAAUCUACAUUUAUGGGGAAUGAGACUGCAAGAGACAUGGAAACUGAGUCUGUAAAGUCUGAGAACAGCUCAAGAUCCAGGAGAUCAAAGGGCUACCAUCGAGAUAGAAACAAUUACAGACAACACUCUCACAGAAGCAAUAGGAAUAAACCACAGAAAACAGAAGAUAUGGCUCCAUUUCAAACAUCUGUAACACUCACGCCAGACAAUCGCGACGGCCAGGAAGUGAUUGAGGUGCAAAUCUUGCCACAAGAUGAUAAUUGGGGAGAAAAUACGACCGCAAUAACCGGUAACACAUCAGAACAGUCUGGGUCAACAGAAGAUGUGAGCAACUGGCCAGGAGAACCAGACACUGGCCUCAGUUUCAUUUGCCAGCAAUAUCUUGGUUCAGUUUUUACUUAUGUCAUAUCAGUAAGCGCAUUUCUGAGCCCAAUUGCAAUGGUUGUUCUUCCGAAACUAGGAUUUUUUCCGGCGCUAUCAUCGAAUGUUGGGCUGCAGAACAAUUCAAAAUUAUUGUUGUGUGGUGCAGAGUGCAAAGGUCUACUGGUGUCUUUGGCAUUCAAGUUGGUUAUUUUAGCUGGUGGUGCGUGGGCUAUUUUUCUACGCAAACCGAAUGCAACAUUACCCGGAAUAUUUCUCUUCCGAGCGAGCGUUUUAGGUUUAACUUUGAUUUGCACCUUUGCUAACUGGUUAUUUUAUAUUGUGCAGGUCACAGAAAACGCGCGAGCAGCCAUCACUCCAGAAGAUUCAGUCGAUUAUAAAGCAUUAGUGGCUUAUGCUUCAAGUUUAACAGAUACCUUACUUUUCAUACAUUAUUUAUCAGUGGUUUUGAUGGAAAUCCGCCACCAGAAACCAGCGUACUAUAUAAAAAUCAUCCGCAGCCCUGAUGGCGCUUCUAAAGCAUUCUCUAUCGGCCAGUUGAGCAUCCAACGCGCUGCUGUUUGGGUCCUCGAGCGUUAUUACACCGAAUUUCCGAUUUACAACCCUUAUCUGGAGCGUAUUCCAGUAUCGAAGUCGCGCAAAGCUUCUAGCAGUUUUAAAUUUUACGAAGUGGACGGUGUCAAUAACAGCGGUAUGCAACAGUCGAAUUCACGCGCAAUGUUAGCUGCACAUGCGCGUCGUCGUGAUUCCAGUCACAAUGAACGCUUCUACGAGGAGCAUGAAUACGAGCGGCGUGUUAAAAAGCGCCGAGCGCGAUUAAUCACAGCCGCUGAGGAAGCGUUCACGCACAUUAAACGCCUGCACAAUGAUCAAGCUCCGGCGAUUCCCAUGGAUCCGCACGAAGCGGCGCAAGCAAUCUUUCCAUCGAUGGCACGCGCGUUGCAGAAAUAUCUGCGUGUGACUAGGCAACAACCACGACACUCGGUGGAUAGCAUCCUCACGCAUUUGGCUAACUGUCUUAGUCACGAUCUGACACCACGGGCUUUUCUAGAGCCCUAUCUGUUGACAGAACCAGUGUUAUUAAACGAUAAAGAGCAGAAAUGCGUGCAAACUUGGGCGCUCAUCUGUGAUGAGCUGUUGUCACGGCCGAUUGGUGAUAAUAUCUGUUUCCAACUGCGGCAGAAUGAUGUAUCACUCUUGUGCUGCAUCAAAAAAUUGCCGCAUUUCAACAUCACCGAAGAAGUCGUCGAUCCGAAGAGCAAUAAAUUUGUUUUGCGACUUAAUUCGGAAACAUCUGUAUGACCUAUAGUCUAUGACAGAUUGAUUUAAAGACAACAUAUCUUUGAGAAGGCAAGAGAAGAAUAUUUAUCGAACAUAAAAAUUAAAGAUAGGCAAUAUUUUAUACUUAAAUAUAAAUAAGCAAGUAUUUUUAGUGCGAGCGAUGAUUUUAUAGGUAAAUUUACUAAAAACGUAGUUAGACGAACACAAAUUAUCAUUAUCUCAUAAAAGUUGUGAUAACGAAAACUGUACUAAUGUCUUUUGCUAAUAUUUAUGCUAUACACUGCUCAAUUCCGACUCUAAGUAUUAACUUAGUACUUAAACAAGCAAAACGGCUGCACAAACAAUUACGUAACAAGACUGUAAAUAAUAUUUAAUUACUUCUACGCUCAUAAUUAGUUUUUAUUUAUUUUAUUAUCGCCAACACCAAAUAAAAAUUGAUGUGCAACAAUGUGAACGCAAAAUGUGCAAAGUGCAAUUCUUAUUUUUGUAUCGUUAGCGACUAGCAACUACAUAGCUUUACGCGACUUUUAUAUCAGAAACAUUUACACAUUUUUUACACAACAUGCAUAUAUGUAUUUUUGUAUUAAGCAAACUUACGUCAAUGUAUUCAAAGAUUGAAUAUCAAUUAUCAUGCUAAUGAUGAGUAUAAUGAUGAAACAUUCGAAAUAUUUAUACAUUUAAGGCAUAUUUAUACCUAUAUUUAAGUACAAGUGUAUUUUAUGAAUGUACUGGUCUUUUUAAAUAACAACAAACGAUAUUGGUAAACAAAAA